AUGGGACUUUCUAAAGAAAACAAAAGUUUCUUGGUUGCGGUUUCAAUUUCUGUGGAGAUGAUUGUGAAAUUUGGAGUUACUAAAAAAGAUGUUCAAGCCAGCAGCAUACUUCUUGAUGAUAAAUUUGAAGUGCGGUUAGGGAGCCUAAGUGAGGUCUGUGCACAAGAAGGGGACACUCAUCAAAACAGAAUUACCAGGUUGCUGCGGUUACCACAGACAUCUGAACAAGGGUCUUCUGGUACACCUACUGCGGCAUGUGCCUAUGAUGUUUACUGCUUUGGGAAGGUGUUGCUCGAGCUGGUAACAGGCAAGCUGGGUAUAAGUGCAUCCAGUGAUGCCACCAUGAAGGAUUGGUUGGAAGCGACGCUACCCUACAUUAGUAUAUAUGACAAGGAACUCGUGACAAAUAUUGUUGACCCAUCUCUAGUCAUAUAUGAAGAUUUAUUAGAGGAAGUUUGGGCCAUCGCUGUUGUUGCCAGGUCUUGCCUCAAUCCCAAGCCUUCAAGGCGGCCCCUUAUGAGAUUUAUCCUUAAAGCUUUAGAAAAUCCAUUGAAAGUAGUAAGGGAAGAACACACUAGUUCUGCAAGGCUGAGAACUACUUCCUCUAGAGGGUCUUGGAAUGCUGCUCUGUUUGGUAGCUGGCGUCAAAGCUCGUCAGAUGUAGCGGCCGUUUCUGAAGCCCCGACUAACAAAGCGGAAGGUGGGAUUAGCUUUAUACGGUCAGGAACCACGGGUUCUCAAGAAAGUGGUCAAAAUGGUGAAGGCGGUGGCCAUUCAUCCUCGACUCGAUGGCAGUCCAAGGAGAUUUUCCCCGAACCGCUGGAUGAGCAUGAUGAAGAGGGCAAAUGAGGACUAGAAAAGAGGUUUUUUGUUAAUAACACAGCAGGCUUCCUAUUUGAGUGCCUUGCUUGUUGGUGCCCCUGUAUAUUCUCCUCCAUUUUGGAGUUCUGGGGUGGCAGAGCCAUUUUUUGUUCGUUCUUGGUGUGUUCGACAGGCCCACUGAAGAGGAAUGGAUACUGAAAUGUGGAGGAGAUUCUUGUCGGCGAUGCCCAAUUGUUUAUGGGUUUUUGAUUUUAGGACUUCAUGGAAACAGAGACAGAAGAGAAUUGCCAGUGGUGGUUCUUGUUUCUUAUUUGUUUGAUGGCUUGUUUAAAUU